AUGCAGGUAAACGAUGGCAAUUACAACGAUUGGGCACAAGAGAUGGAGAAUUUUCUCCUUGCAAAAAAUAAAAUAGGGUUCAUGGAUGGAUCGAUCAAGAAACCAGAGAAGGGAUCGCAGACCUAUAUGCCAUGGAUGCGUUGCGAUGCCAUGAUAAAAGGAUGGCUAACGACUGCCAUGGAGAAGGAGAUUAGAAGCAGCGUAAAGUACGCUAACACGGCUGUGGAGAUAUGGUCCGAUCUAAAAGAACGGUUUGGAAAAGAAACCGCCCCUCGUGCAUAUGAAUUGAAGCAAACACUCUCAGCCACAGUUCAAGGCGACACUUCCGUCUCAGCCUAUUUUACUAAACUCAGAAGUAUUUGGGAUGAGAUGCAAUCAGCCUUCCCUAUUCCUCGUUGCAAAUGUAGUGGGUGUUCUUGUGAUGUAGGAAGACAGUUAAUUGAACAUAAAGAAAACGAGAGACUUUAUGGGUUUCUCAUGGGUUUGAACUCUGAUUUCUCAGUCAUCAGAACACAGAUUCUCACGAUGAACCCGACACCAACCUUGACCAAUGUCUACCACCUUGUCACCGAAGACGAAAGAUAG